GUGGAGCUCAGGAAAGAGUCCAGUUCAGGUCAUCCUAGGCGGCCUGCACCGAUGACCCGCUUGCAGAAGGAGUGUGCCUGUCUCUUGGAAUCAAUCAGGUGAAGCAUUCUGACCUAGUGAAAUGAGGAGACUACCCAGGAGGACUGAGCGCAGAAGGGAGAAAGAGGAGUGCCCUCAACAGCUGCAGGUCGACCCGGGAGUGGGACCCUUGGCGCAGAAGGCCACUGGGUGGCGCUCGAGACCCGCCCAGAGGUGGUGCUAGCCUUGGGGCUGCGGAGGGCGCAGGCCACACCCCGGCCGCUGCGCCUGGGGCGCAGGGCCAGACCCCAGGCAGCCUGCGGGGCCCGGGGCGAAAGGGACCAAGCCGAGCAGGGCUGGCAUCGAUCGCCGUCCUGACAAGAGCAUCGAUCUCUGCGCGCGGAAAUUAAUAGAUCUUCGCUUAGCUCUUCGGACGCGAGUGGAGCGGGGAUGGCGGCCCCCCGGAGAGCCUGGCCUCCCCAGCACCCAAAGCCCUGAAGGGCAGGCCCAGCUCUCCCAGCCACGGGCCUCGUGGCCGCAAGAGCCCAUCGGUUCGAAUCGAGGAAAGGGAGCAGCGGGGUCCUGGAGUAGGACUCUCGGGAAGGGUCGAAGUGGGCCGGGGUCCAGGGGUGACAGUCCUCAGCGCAGAGGGUCUCCAAGUCCCCGACAGCCCAAACGAGCAGAGAGGAGAGAGCUGGGGCCACAACGAUAGUCCCUUGCGGCGAUGUGGGUAGAAACCAAGGGACUUGGUGGAGACAAGGCCUCGAGCUUAUCGCCCACGGACAGGGUGGCCUUCUGAAGCUGAGAGGGGCUCCAAGGGGCAAAGGGCUUGAAAACACAGGCGCAUCUAUGUUCUCGCCUGGUUUCCACAGCGGGCUCCGUGAACCCAGGUCGAAGAUGCCGCCCCCCAGGCGUCCAGGCACCUGUUGGCAGCAUUUGGAGCCCACUCCCAGGAAAGAGACCCGAGUCUGACAGCUGUCACCUGGGAGAAGCCCGCCAAGGGUGCCGGCAGAGGGUCCGGCCGCGAACCUGGGUGGGAGAAGCAGCUCCUGGCCGACCCUCCCCACUGAAUUUGCCCUUAUUUCCCCAACAGACAUGUCCCCCUUCAGUUGUCAGGCUAAAUAUUUUGGCUUGGCGGGAGGGGCGGAGAGAACUGGGAAGUCCCACAAACUAAUUCGCUCCAAUGGGGGCGGGGAGGAGCAAGCUGGGCGCGGCCGCUGCGGGGAGCCGGCCGCCUGCCCACCGGCCUGGGAGACACAGCCUGAGCGCCCGAGACAUGCGGGAGGCUCUCCUCUGUCCCGCUGGCACCUACAGCGCUUCUGGGGCUCUCCUCCUCCUCGGGCUGGCGGCCUUCUCUCGGCCUGCCUUCGCUCUGAGCCCUGUGCUACUUUGUUUCUCUGGAGGCCUCUCUGAAGUCCUCACUGCUCUGUCCGCAACUCUAUCCCCGUCUCUCCGGCUCUGGAUCCACAUUAAGUCUCAGUCUCCAACUGCCCUAUCACUGACUUUGUAUCUGUGAUUUUCCUUUCUUUUUUGUUUCCUCCCAUCACCGCCACGCAGUGUUCCUAAUUGCUGUCCCUGGCUGCACUCUCCUUUCCAGAGUGUGAGCCUCUGCCUCCCUUACCAUUUCUCAGACCCUUCUCCUAAGAGGCACCUACAAGACAGCCAGGACUGGACGCAGCCCAGGACGGGGCCAUGGCCAGGCCCAAGCUGUGGCCCUGGGGAAUAUUACUACUUGUGAGCCUCCUCUCUGCAGGAUUUAACCUGGAUACAAUGAAUGUGUGCCCCAGCCUGGACAUCCGCUCCGAGGUAGCAGAGCUGCGGCGGCUGGAGAACUGUAGUGUGGUGGAGGGCCACCUGCAGAUCCUACUCAUGUUCACAGCCACAGGGGAGGACUUCCGCAGCCUCAGCUUCCCACACCUCACCCAGGUCACUGACUACCUGCUGCUUUUCCGAGUUUAUGGCCUAGAGAGCCUGCGUGACCUCUUCCCCAACUUAGCAGUGAUCCGUGGUGCUCACCUCUUCCUGGGCUAUGCGCUGGUCAUCUUUGAGAUGCCACACCUGCGAGAUGUAGGGCUGCCUGCUCUCGGGGCUGUACUGCAUGGGUCUGUGCGUGUGGAGAAGAACCAGGAGCUCUGCCACCUCUCCACCAUUGACUGGGGCCUACUGCAGCCCACGCCCAGCACCAACUACAUUGUGGGCAACAAGCUGGGUGAGGAGUGCGCAGAUGUGUGCCCUGGCACACUGGGCGCUGCUGGCGAGCCCUGUGCCAGGACCACCUUCAACGGGCACACCGACUACCGAUGCUGGACCUCCAGCCACUGCCAGCGAGUGUGUCCCUGCCCCCAAGGGCUGGCCUGCACGAUUAGCGGCGAGUGCUGCCACACCGAGUGUCUAGGGGGCUGCAGCCAGCCCGAAGACCCUCGUGCCUGCGUAGCCUGCCGCCACUUUUACUACCAGAGCGCCUGCCACCGGGCCUGCCCUCUAGGCACCUACGAGCAUGAGUCUUGGCGUUGCGUCACAGCCGAGAGCUGUGCCAACCUGCGCUCUGUGCCUGGCCGCGCCUCCACCUUUGGUAUCCACCAGGGCAAAUGCUUGGCCCAGUGCCCUCCAGGCUUCACCCGAAAUGGCAGCAGCAUAUUCUGCCACAAGUGCGAGGGACUGUGCCCCAAAGAAUGCAAGGUAGGCACCAAGACCAUAGACUCCGUCCAGGCGGCACAGGAUCUGGUGGGCUGCACCCACGUGGAGGGGAGCCUCAUCCUCAACCUUCGCCGGGGCUACAACCUGGAGCCAGAGCUGCAGCGCAGCCUGGGACUGGUGGAGACCAUCACUGGCUUCCUCAAAAUCAAGCACUCCUUUGCCCUCGUGUCCCUGAGCUUUUUCAAGAACCUCAAAUUAAUCCGAGGGGACACCAUGGUGGAUGGGAACUACACGCUGUACGUGCUGGACAACCAGAACCUGCAACAGCUGGGGCCCUGGGUGUCCGCGGGACUAACCAUUCCCGUGGGCAAGAUCUACUUCGCCUUCAAUCCGCGUCUCUGCUUGGAGCACAUCUAUCGUUUGGAGGAGGUGACUGGCACUCGAGGGCGGCAGAACAAGGCAGAGAUCAACCCGCGCACCAACGGAGACCGCGCAGCUUGCCAGACGCGCACCCUCCGCUUCGUGUCCAACGUGACAGAGGCCGACCGCAUUCUGCUACGCUGGGAGCGCUACGAGCCACUAGAGGCCCGCGACCUGCUCAGCUUCAUCGUGUACUACAAGGAGUCCCCAUUCCAGAAUGCCACGGAGCAUGUGGGUCCAGAUGCCUGUGGAAGCCAGAGCUGGAACCUGCUGGAUGUGGAGCUGCCCCUGAGCCGCACCCAGGAGCCUGGGGUAAUCCUGGCACCCCUCAAGCCCUGGACACAGUAUGCAGUGUUUGUGCGGGCCAUCACACUGACCACUGCUGAGGACAGUCCCCAUCAAGGGGCCCAGAGUCCCAUUGUCUACCUCUGGACCCUGCCUGCAGCGCCUACCGUGCCCCAAGAUGUCAUCUCCAGUUCAAACUCCUCCUCCCACCUCCUCGUGCGCUGGAAGCCACCCACCCAGCGUAACGGAAACAUCACCUACUACCUGGUGCUUUGGCAGCGACUGGCAGAGGACGGCGACCUCUACCUCAACGACUACUGCCACCGCGGCUUGCGGCUGCCCACCAGCAACCACGACCCGCGUUUCGACCGCGAAGAUGGGGACCUGGAGGCUGAGCUCGAGCUAGGCUGCUGUCCCUGCCAGCACGCCCCUCCUGGGCAGGUCCUGCCCGCGCUGGAGGCGCAAGAGGCCUCCUUCCAGAAAAAGUUUGAAAAUUUUCUGCACAACGCCAUCACCAUCCCCAAACCCCCAUGGAAGGUGACGUCCAUCCACAGGAACCUCCAGAGGGACGCAGGGCGGCACCGCCGGGCUAUCGGAAGCCCCAGACCAGGGGGCAACAGCUCGGAUUUUGAGAUUCAGGAGGACAAAGUCCCUCGAGAGCGAGCAGUGCUGGGCGGCUUGCGCCACUUCACGGAAUACCGGAUCGACAUUCACGCUUGCAACCACGCAGCUCACAUCGUAGGCUGCAGUGCAGCCACCUUCGUCUUCGCGCGCACCAUGCCCCGCAGAGAGGCCGAUGAUAUUCCAGGCAAACUCUCCUGGGAGGCGGCCAGCAAGAGCAGUGUCCUCUUGCGUUGGUUUGAGCCACCUGACCCCAACGGACUCAUCCUCAAGUAUGAAAUCAAGUACCGCCGCUUGGGAGAGGAGGCCACGGUGUUGUGUGUAUCCCGUCUGAGAUAUGCUAAAGUUGGUGGGGUCCAGUUGGCCCUGCUACCCCCUGGAAACUACUCGGCUCGGGUUCGGGCCACCUCACUGGCUGGCAAUGGCUCUUGGACAGACAGUGUGGCCUUCUACAUCCCUGGCCCAGAAGAAGAAGACUCUGGGGGCCUGCACAUCCUCCUCACUGUCACCCCUGCGGGGCUCAUGCUGCUCAUCAUUCUUGCUGCCCUUGGUUUCUUCUACAGCAGAAAGAGAAAUGGCACCCUAUAUACCUCUGUGAACCCGGAGUACCUCAGCGCCUCUGACAUGUACAUCCCUGAUGAAUGGGAGGUGCCCCGGGAGCAGAUCUCCAUAAUCCGGGAGCUGGGCCAGGGCUCUUUUGGAAUGGUCUAUGAGGGUGUGGCAAAAGGACUUGAAGCUGGAGAGGAAUCCACGCCUGUGGCCCUGAAGACAGUGAAUGAGCUGGCCAGCCCUCGGGAACGCAUUGAAUUCCUCAAGGAAGCAUCUGUCAUGAAGGCAUUCCAGUGUCACCAUGUGGUGCGUCUCCUGGGCGUGGUGUCUCAGGGCCAACCAACUCUGGUCAUCAUGGAAUUAAUGACCCGUGGGGAUCUUAAGAGCCACCUUAGAUCUUUACGGCCUGAGGCAGAGGUGGGGAUCAAGAAGACCCCUGGCCAGGAGAAUAACCCUGGGAUCCCACGGCCAGCACUAGGGGACAUGAUACAGAUGGCUGGUGAGAUCGCAGACGGUAUGGCCUAUCUAGCCGCCAACAAGUUUGUGCACCGUGACCUGGCAGCCCGCAACUGCAUGGUGUCCCAGGACUUCACUGUCAAGAUUGGGGACUUUGGGAUGACUCGGGAUGUGUAUGAGACAGACUAUUACCGAAAGGGUGGGAAGGGACUGCUGCCCGUGCGCUGGAUGGCUCCUGAGUCCCUCAAAGAUGGAAUCUUCACCACCCACUCAGAUGUCUGGUCCUUUGGCGUGGUGCUCUGGGAGAUUGUGACCCUGGCUGAACAACCCUAUCAGGGCCUGUCCAAUGAGCAAGUGCUCAAGUUUGUCAUGGAUGGUGGAGUCCUGGAGGAGCUAGAGGACUGUCCUCAUCAGCUGCAGGAGCUGAUGAGCAGCUGCUGGCAACAGAAUCCUCGUCUGCGCCCUACCUUCACGCAAAUCCUGAACAGCAUACAGAAAGAGCUGCGGCCCUCUUUCCGUCUCCUUUCCUUCUACCACAGUCCAGAGUGCCAGGGAGGCUGUGGCCUCCAGCCCACCACUGAUGCAGAGUCCAGCUCCCCUCCAACUUCAAAAGGGGCUUCAGACUGCAGCCUGCAAAAUGGGGGUCCGGAGCACUGAGGGAUACUCACUUCCCCACUGCCUGGCCUCCCAUGGGCAUAGACAAAGGGAACAAGCUUUCCAGCUCAGACGGGGAAUGGGGUGGCUAAGAGUGUGACAGAGGCUGGGGUGGGGGCAGCUCAGACUCCACGCCAAGGAAGCAGGUGAGCCAGCACAGGCAAAGUCACUAGACAACGGACAGGCGUUUACUGCCCCUAGAGAGCCUACCGCCGGCUUUGGAUCUCCUGUGCACAUCUGGGGCCGUCAACAUACUUCAAAAAAGAUGAGAGAACUGAGCCAAACUAGGAGGUCUCUCUGUCUGGGUACAGAUCCCAGGGAUGAGUGUCCACAUCAUUUCCUGUCCACCUUGGUCACCUCCUCCCCUCUGCCCUACACACUGCAAGUUGGGAGCCUGUGCUCACCCCUCCCUCUCCAUUUGCCCCAAUCAAGGAUCCUGUGCUUGGUGCUCCUCCUCUCUCCUCCCGGCAGCAUCCCUUGGUAAUCAUUCUUCCCUUUUCCCAGUCUCCCCUCAUUAACAGCCUUGGAUCGUUAAGGAAUUUAAGAGCCUUGUCUUUCUCCCUCCCCUCGCCCACUACCACCCCCACCCCCUGCCUCUCAAAAGAAGACUGGAGAAGGCAAAAUAAAUGCCGAGGCCUCUGGGUACCCUGGUCUUGGGCAGCCCAUUAUCUCUCCAUCUGUAUGGCGUUAAGACCAUAUGAACUUCCUUUUUCCCUCCUUUGGGACUUGAGGUGGUGACCCUAAGGCGGUGAUACAGGAUAAAUACGCUGCUGUCAAGCACCACAUCCAUGAGGACCGAGCAGCCAGGGUUGCCAUGGCAGUGAGACACCAGUCUUGCAGUAAUCCCUGCACACGGCCAGAAGUGGCUGAACCCAGCAGGGAAACUAUAUCUGGCCAGAGUCAACUGGUCACCUAUAUCUCAUCUUUAUUUUGUCCUUUGCUGUUUCUGGCCACUGGGCAGGCAUUUCCUCCUGUGAAAUCCACAGAGCAAAAUGUGGAGUUGGGAAGGGUUCAUAUGACAUCACCUGUCACGUCAGAUCUCCUCCUGCCCAGGCUAGGGACACUCUCCAGAGCAGAAUGUGUCUCUUUGUGAUUAUUCCAGUCAGCUGGAGGCUCAGAAUGUCUCUCAAGCAGACUGACAUGUUGUCACUGCCCUAGGAAACCAGGUUUUCUAGGCUUCUAUGUCAGUGCCAGGGGACCUGCAGGUGCAGGUGGAGGGGAGAAGCAGAAAGGCUGGUCACAGCUCAGGACUUUUUUUUUU